AUGGCAAGCCACCAAAAUCAGGAUUUGAGUCACAAGGCAGGCGAGUUGACUGGUCAAGCUCAGGCAAGUUAUAACUAUGAGUUCCUAAACCAGGCAUCAGAUAUGUCUCAAUCUGUCCAGAAUAAGGCAUCAAAUGCAUCUCAGUCUGUCCAGAACAAGGCAUCAAAUGCAUCUCAAUCUGCUCAAGACAAGGCAUCAAAUGUAUCUCAGUCUGUCCAGAACAAGGCAUCAAAUGUAUCUCAAUCUGCUCAGGACAAGGCAUCAAAUGUAUCUCAGUCUGCCCAGGACAAGGCAUCAAAUGCAUCUCACACUGCCCAAGACAUCAAGGACCAAGCCACCCAUCUCCUUCAACAGGCAAUCACUUCCUCCCCUUUCCUUAUUAUUUCAAUGAUUUUUACAAGUGAGCAAGUGAAAAACAUGGCUCAAGGAGCAGCUGAAGCGGUUAAGAGCACUUUGGGAAUGAACAACCCAAGCGACCCCAACAGUAACCCAAGCAAUGCAAACAUGAACCCAAGCAUCAACCCAAGCAACCCAAGCAUUAACCCAAACAACCCAAGGAUUUGA